GUUGAUUACUUUAGAAGGCAACUGUGCGGUCAAUUCAGUUCUGCCAUUCAGUCAAUCAAAAGCCUUUAUGUAACAGCAGCUGAAAUAUAUUUGAAAUUUUGAAAUAUCUGCGAGCUGUGUUUCUUUCUGUAUGAUUUAUCUUCAACAGUUCGUGGUCCGUGAUCAAGACAACUAAAGAGAGCUGAAUUAUUAGUAUGUUAAUAAAACAUUUAUCUACAAAUUUAUUGGUUUACAGCUAUGCGACCCCUGCAUAAAUGUGUGAGUUAUCUCCGUAGCAUACUUCUCGCUCUCAUUCUAGAAAUAGACGUCGUCAUAUAAUAUUCCAUCUGCGAAUGGAAGGGAAAAUGGCUGAGCAGGAUUCGAAGGGGGAUGCCUGUGCGGCAACGGUGAUGCGCGAGGGGGACUUUGUUAUCCUGAAGACAGAGAAAACCGCCCGAAUGGUCCAGCUUAGAGCCGAACAUCCAGUAUUUGUUGACAAACGGAAAAUAGAAUGUACUGACAUUAUCGGACGACCGUGGGAACAGGUAUUCGCUAUGAGCGGGGCUAAAGGUAAAACCAACCUAAUUGUCGUCCCUCGUCAAGACUACGUUGAACAUCUCUUUUCGGCAACAGGAAAGGUCUUUAGUGAAGGGCAAGGACAAGACAAUCGAAGCAUCUGCGAUGAAAAUCGGUCACAGAAACUGUCACGUGAAAAGAUUGAACAGUUUAAGAAGGACGGGGCCAGUUCUGUAGCGAUAGUCCAAUCACUGGUUGAAAACUCAGAGUCCUUUCAAGCUAAAACCGGCUAUUCUCAGGAAAAAUACCUUAAAAAGAAGCUCAAAAAAUACGAUUGCUACCUUCAGACUUGCCGUCCAACUGUUCGCUCACUUGCCCACCUUUACUGGAAUCAGUCCCCACUCAAAGUUGGAAUGCUGCGUCCAGACAGUCUGGCAACGAUGCUCGCUCAUGCAAAUAUAUUAUCCUCGGGUAAAUACGUCGUAAUGGAUUCUUACUUGGGUCUCCUAACGGCGGCAGUCCUUGAGCGAUGUCCGCAAAAUCAAGUGAUUCAAGUUCUUGAUUACCAAGGAUACCAAAGCUCAACGCGACAGGCUGUGCAAGCACUCGGUUUAGGAACGGAACGUCUUUUAUGUGUCGAUUAUUAUCUUGUCGAACGUAUGGCUCGUGGUGAGGUGCUCCGAGAUGACUGCCCUGAGGAUCCCUCAAAAGUACGAAAAGUUGCUCGUUUCGAGAAGAAUAUGGCUGCUUUGAGAAUUCUACACGCCAGACAUGUGGACGGGUUGCUUCUCAAUUGUCGGGGUGAAAUUUUAGAGUCAACUGUCUUGUUAUUACAGUUUUUAAAGCUCUCUCGGCCCUUUGUUAUUUUCUCACCAUACCUCGAGGAGCUAGCGCGAUUAUACGACACUUUAAAAUCGACCAACUGCACUGCGAUGCUUAAGAUAUCGGAGAGCUGGAUUCGAGGUUACCAAAUUCUCGAAAAUCGGACACAUCCUGAGAUUAAUAUGCAAGGCGCUUCAGGUUAUGUGCUGACAGGGAUAAAGUGCGAAUGAUACUCAAUAACACCUGGUAAUAAAGAUAUUAUGUUUGUAUACAAAUAAUAAAUUACGGUUGAUCUAUAUAUCUAUAGCGACGAGUUUUUUGGGUUUUUAAGUAUUAUAUUUAUAAUCGAUCACGAAAAUGAGGCUGUGCGCAGUAUCCGUUAAGACUUCCUUUAUGUCACACGAACAAAUGAAGUAAUUAGGUGCGACGUCUUUGAAAUAUUCAAAUCUAUCGUGUAGUAUUCUUUAUGAACUUUUAAUAUUUGAAUUUUUAUUGCUAUAAGAAUGAAUAUUAGUGUAUGCUGCUCAAAAAAUCCUGGAAUCCAAGAAAAGCUACCAAAGUCCAAAUUUUGAAAACUUUGUAUGGCAUUUAUAUUAUAAUGAUUACAUAAAGAAUAUACUGGUGAAAUAUACAUUCACUUAGGUGCAAUGAGCGCGUUAUAUUUGUUAAGUGAUAUAUAUUGCGUUGUAGUGCUUCCGCAUAUUCAACAACAAAACCUUUAAACUUAAGAUCACCGUCAAAAAUAGCACCUAGGAUUCUGUAUAAGGCUUUCGUUCAAGAUGGCAUAAGAUGUUGCCUGAAAUGACUCCCAAAGCCCUGCUAGCGGGACGAUUCGUUAAUUUAAUUAGUCUAAGCACUAGGUGUCAACUCUAUACCUGCAGAAAAGUAUCCUUUAAAAUUUGCCGAAUUUUUCUAGUAAUACGCUCUUACAUCUGGUAACUAUCCUUUUUUUUUAACGCUUUUCAGCCAGUAAAUUUUGAUCUGUUAGCAUUUAUGUACACUUAAUUAGCUUUACGGCAUCACAACAAUAGAUAUAGUCAUGCAGAGACAAGGUAUCCAGAUGAUGUGUCUUAUGUGUAAAAAAUUACCAGAAAAGGACUUGAGCUAAAGUCCUUAGCAUUAGGCAGGUGGGUUCUUCAUUUUUGCGGGAUAGAUGCUAACAUCUGACUAACAAAGAUUAGAAUAACCAUUUAAAUUCGUGCUUUUUAAUUGCCUCUUCGUACGUUCGCUCGUGCGUCUUUCAUUUAUUAAAAGCUCAGUGUCAAAGGCACUAGUCCUAGGUAUGUUUUGUAAGUUUAUGUACAGCGUUAAAUUUAUCGAAGAUUAAACCGACUAAUGAAUUGUUGCAAAAUCCUGUAUCGAUAUCUAGUUCUGUGUAAAAACAAGUAUGGGCCCCGGUAAGGGCGAAGAAAUAUGGAAAAAUGAUCCACCCUGUAUCUAUAUUAAUACCGAACUACAAGUGCUUAGCUUUCAA